AUGGGUUUCAUUGAUCUCAACACUAGUACUCAGGAUCAUCAACCACCUUCUUCUGCUUCAUCAUCUGUUUGUUUCGAGCUCUGGCAUGCUUGUGCUGGUCCUAUGAUCUCUUUGCCGAAGAAAGGAACUCUUGUUGUUUACUUCCCUCAAGGACAUUUGGAACAUGUUCAUGAUUUUUCGCUCUCUUUCUCUAAGAAUAUACAUAUACCUUCUCAUGUCUUCUGUCGUGUUCUUGAUGUUAAGCUUCAUGCUGAGGAAAGGAACGAUGAGGUUUAUUGUCAGGUGAUGUUGGUUCCUGAAAGUGAGCAAAUGCAGCAAAAGAUGAGAGGAGGAGAAGUUGAUGCUGAAGGUGGAGAGGAUACUGAUGCUGUUAUGAAGACGACAACACCUCAUAUGUUUUGCAAGACUCUGACUGCUUCUGAUACUAGCACUCAUGGUGGAUUCUCUGUGCCUCGUCGAGCAGCUGAAGAUUGCUUUCCUCCCCUGGAUUACUCUCAACAAAGACCUUCGCAAGAGCUUGUGGCAAAGGAUCUGCACGGCCAGGAGUGGAAGUUUCGACAUAUUUAUAGAGGGCAACCACGAAGGCAUUUGCUUACAACUGGAUGGAGUGCAUUUGUUAACAAGAAGAAACUUGUAUCAGGAGAUGCUGUUCUGUUCCUCAGGGGCGAGGAUGGAGAGUUGAGAUUGGGUAUCCGUAGGGCAGCUCAAUUGAAAAGCUGCAGUAAUAUUUCAUCCCUCUCUGGCCAGCAAUUGAAUCUUGGAAGUCUUACAGAUGUAGUUAAGGCUUUAUCUACUAGAUGCGCCUUCAGUGUUCACUAUAAUCCAAGGGUUGGUUCGUCUGAGUUUAUCAUACCUAUCCACAAAUUCUUGAAGAGCCGUGAUUAUUCUUACUCAGUUGGAAUGAGGUUCAGGAUGCGUUUUGAGUCUGAAGAUGCUGCAGAGCGAAGAUGCACAGGAUUAAUUAUUGGAAUUUCUGAUGUGGAUCCUGUUAGAUGGCCUGGAUCGAAAUGGAAAUGCUUAGUGGUAAGGUGGGAUGACUUGGAAGCUUCAAGGCUUAACAGGAUUUCGCCAUGGGAGAUAGAGCCCUCUGGCUCAGCUUCCACCACCAAUAGCAUAAUGACAGCUAGUUUGAAGAGGACCAAGAUUGGAUUACCUUCAACAAAGCUAGAAUUUCCAGUUCAAGAUGGAAUUGGAACAUCAGACUUUGGGGAAUCAAUGCGGUUCCAAAAGGUCUUGCAAGGUCAAGAAAUGUUAGGCGCUGAUACUAUUUUCGAUAGUAUUAGUGCUCGGAGUCACCACCAGUUAUCUGAAUUACGAAGGUGCUAUCCCGGUUCAAACUAUCCCGGGAUUGCAUCAACAGGAAAUAGCAUCAGAAUCCCACAAAUGGAUUCUAAUGUUUCCUGCAAUGGCUUUGGCGAAUCGUUCCGAUUCCAGAAGGUCUUGCAAGGUCAAGAAAUACUUCCUAGCCAACCAUAUGGAAGAGCCUUGUCUGUCAUCGAUAAGGCUUCUAGAAAUGGUGGCUUUGGACUCUUUGAUGUGCCGAGAUCCAGAAAUGGAUGGUAUUCUCAAACGAAUAACAACUCGCAUUUUCAUCCAUCCGCGUUAAUGUAUCACCAGCAAGGUGCCAAUCCGGUUUCCAACUUGGAUUACAAUAACAAAAUCAAUCCUGCGAUGGAAGAUAAAGUCUGCCAAAGAGGAUCAUAUUAUGCUUCUGAAGACACAAAUUCAUUUGCUAGACAUUCACAUGAUUCGAUUUCACUACAGAUAGGCGGUCAAGAGUUGGUUUCCACAUGUAAAAGUAGCUGCAGAGUGUUUGGUUUUUCAUUAACCGAAGGUGCUCCCAUUGCAAAUAAAGAGGCGCAACCAUCUGCAGUCACUUGCCAGAUGAAUCCCGGACCUUCCUCCUUCACAAGACAUGUUGAAGAGGAUUUCAAUCCAAAGCAUUCACUCAGGAGCAAGGGUGUAGAAAGUUACUGUACCAAAGGUGUGCUGCAGUGUUGA